AUGUACUCACUACGGUACUACAUAGAUUCUUGGAUUGACGUAUCUUCGCAACCAUCCUCAUCCUCCUUCUCCUCUGCUGCCACGAAUGAAGAUAUAAUCACCACCGGCUUACAAGUCGAACAUGGAGAAUUGGGGACAUACCAGCGCCGCAAUAGGCGACGUCGUCUACAACACCUUGCUGCUAUCACCACAGCCCAGGUGGACUACGCAUCGCGGGAUGCCAGCCAAGCCAGUAGCAGUCAAGAGGAAUACGAUGAGAGUGAAAGCGAGUCUGAUCGCGUUCUCAGCAGCUCGAAUGAAGAUAUAACCCGCCCAACGCCUCCGCCUGCAUUGUCUGCACGCUCUGCACAGCCCUCUGGUUCAGAUGCUGCCUCCAGUGAUGAUGAAGAUGAUACUUCUACUGCCUUGGGUAUGGGAAUCAGCCCAUCCCCUUUCGUACCUCAGCCAAACAUAUUUACUCACCCACCGGCCACGUCGGAACCUGGAUGGACUUCUCGGCGUACUCAACCUAGUGUCCCGUCUACUCACCGUGCAGCCCCUCGAAGAGAUUCUUAUCCCAGUUCGCGAUCAUCGCGCAGAACUCAAUAUCAGCACAGCCCUUACAAUAUGAUAUCCCCUUCCCAUCAUACCGACCACGAUGCCGCUCUUCGUGCCAGCCUGUCAACACUUCUUUCAUGUGCUGCUGCCGCCAGAGGCCUUCCGAAGAAUGAUCAUAGACCAUCACCUACCCAAGCUGCUCCCUCGGGGGGGUGA